GUUAGGCUGCGACCGUAGGGCUUGAAGCGGGGAAAGCGCGUGGGCCCUUUCCGAAUUCGCUCUCGAGAGCCGCCACGAUGCCGAAAGCCAAGCAGAAGCAGCGUCGGAAGAAGUAUAAUUAUAACGUCGACCGCAAAAAACUGAACCGGGCUUUCCGCAAACGGUCGGCGCCUCGAAUUAAAUGUGCUCAAAUCCGACAUGCCUGGGAUAACACCAAAUCAGCUUCUAAAAAUUUGGCAGAAAUGGGCCUUGCUGUUGAUCCAAACAAGGCAAUUCCCAUUCCAAAGCAUACAAAAAUGGAACUUGAUGGACAAGAGGCAGGGACAACAACUGUUAGGAAGCCAUAUGUAAUAAAUGAAUUAGAAUAUGAAGCCAGCUUCCCAGAGGAAAAAUCUGAGACCCUCUCCAGAGAUCUUAUUGACUACGUGAAACACAUGAUUCAGAAUCAUGGUGAAAAUUAUAAGGCUAUGGCGCGUGAUGAGAAGAACUAUUACCAGGACACACCAAAACAAAUAAAGAGGAAGAUCAAUGUGUAUAAACGCUUCUAUCCCGAGGAAUACCAAGUAUUCAUUGCAUCGUUACGACCAGAAAAAAUGGAGCAAUAAUUAUGAGGAGGAAAAGAUGCUGAAGCAUUAUUUCAUCUGCUAGCAUGGAUUUAAGUGACUGAGAUUGAAAAAACUGAUACUUGAAUUACAUAAAAUAUUGCCUUCUAAAGAGAGAUAAGAAAAAUACAGGUGGAACUUUGAUUCGCCAAAGUUUUGCAGAAAUUUUAAA